GGGAGCGCUUGCCUGGCUUCCGGUUUCUAUGUGAAAUUGACACACAAUGAGGAGUCGGGGACGACCUCGCCGAAAGCCGCUGUAAAUAAACAGAACGAUCGCGGAAAGCGGAGAGCUAUGGAGAAUCAGUGCACGGUCCAAGUCAAGUUGGAGCUGGGUCACCGUGCCCAGCUGCGGAAGAAGGCCACGUCGGAGGGCUUCACCCAUGACUGGAUGGUGUUUGUUCGAGGCCCAGAGACGGGCGACAUCCAGCACUUUGUGGACAAGGUCAUCUUUAGGCUGCAUGACAGCUUCCCCAAGCCCAAGAGGGUCUGUAAGGAGCCGCCUUACAAAGUGGAGGAGUCGGGGUACGCUGGUUUCCUCAUGCCCAUCGAGGUCUACUUCAAAAACCGGGAGGAGCCCAAGCGGGUGUGUUUCAACUAUGACCUGUUCCUCAACCUGGAGGGUAACCCCCCCGUCAACCACCUGCGCUGCGAGAAGCUCACCUUCAACAACCCUACCCGCGAGUUCCGGCGCAAGCUGGUCAAGGCUGGGGGCGUGAUAGUGGUUCCAGAGGGGGCGGAGUCAGUGUCCCGGCCCAGCCCCGACUACCCCAUGUUACCCACAAUCCCCCUCUCGGCCUUCUCCGACCCCAAAAAAUCUAAGCCCUCCCAUGGGUCAAAGGAGCCCAGCAAGGAGGCCGGCGGGGGGAGCAGUAAAGGCCCCAAGCUUUACAAACCUGCCAAGGAGCAGCGGGAGAGAGCCAGCAAGGCGUCAUCGAAGGGGGAGGGCGAGCGGGAGCGGGAGCGGGAGCGCGAUGGCGGCAGCGGGAAACCCACCCGCGACCCGUCUUACUCUUCAUCCUCAUCCUCUUCGAAGAAGCCCUCAGAUGUCAAGGUGAAGGACGACGGCAAAGUGGCCCCCAAGGCGGCCUUCAAGGAGCCCAAGCUGACGCUGAAGGAGGCCAAGAUGGAGAGCGUGUCCCCAAAGGCCGGGGGCCCCCCAGAGCCCAAGCCGCCAGGCAAGCGCCCCCCCGCCGUGGAGUCGCCCAAGCCCAGCGUGAAGAAGCAGAAGAAGAGCAGCUCCGAGGGGCCCAAGACGGCUCCCAGCUCCUCCCCUCGCAUCUCCACCGCCACCUCCUCCUCGUCCUCCUUGUCGUCCUCCACCCCAGCUGCCGCCACAGCGCCCUCCUCCUACCCAGACAAGAAAACGUCCAAGGAGAAGAGUCGCUGGGUCAAGGUAAAGACGGAGACGCCCAGCCUGAAGGAGUCCAAGAAGUCUCCGGAUUCGGACGAGUCCAACUCCGAGGAUGAGGCCUCCUCCAAGUCAGAGCAGUCCCCCCCCUCCAGCCCCUCCAGCUCCAGUUCCAGCUCCAGCUCCAGCUCCGACUCGGACUUCGAGCCGUCGCAGAAGCAGGGCCAAGGUCCCCUGCGGUCCAUGGUGGAGGACCUGCGGUCAGAGGAGUCGGACGAGGAAGACACCAGCUCUGAGGAGGAGAUGCCAGUGAAGACCAACCCACCGAACCGCGACUCUCGACUGAGCCUGGAGAGCGAGAGUGACAGCAGUGAUGAAUCGCAUCCCCCAAGCCGCGGGCCCCCACCUCCCCCGCCCCCGAAACACGGCUCCUCCAACAACAAGGUAACUGGGAGGAAGAGUCCAGACACCUGCAGCAGACCAGAGAAGAUGCUGAAGAAGGAAUACGACAAGGUAGGAAGGGCUUACACCGAGGAGUUGGUGGACCUCCAUCGCAGACUGAUGGCGUUGCGCGAGAGGAGUGUCCUACAGCAGAUCGUCAAUCUCAUUGAAGAGACGGGACACUUCAACGUCACCAAUACCACCUUUGACUUUGACCUGUUCUCAUUGGACGAAUCGACUGUCCGUAAACUUCAGAGUUACCUGGAGGCCACUGCCACGUGACAGGAAGUUCCUCCCCAGGGAUGGCGCCUCCUCCUCCAUCUCUGAUCUGGAACUCGACGUAGCACUGUUAAAAGUGGGGGAGCGAGACAGAUGGAGGGAGGAACACAGAAGACAGGAAGGACAGAAUGAAGAGAGAAAUUCCAUACUAAGCUGUAAUGAUAAGGCCAGCCUCUGAUGGCCAGUUUGGGAGGGGGCUUGCUGUUUUUAGCUUGACCAGCAGGGGGCGUAUCAUGUGCAUACCGCUAAAUGAGGCUGUGCGUGUGGUACACAAGGGACCUGGUUGCCCGUCCCUUAUGUUGCUCUUCCUUCUUAGGUCUCACAGCACCUCCUGCUGACCUUCCGGGUUAGUCUGCAAUGACUGUGAGAGUGUGUGUGCGUGUGUGUGUGCGUGUGCGUGUGUGUGUGUUACCGAGGGUCAGUGACUAGAUCUGAAGUGACGAUCUGGUGCCAGGUGGACCUGCGACUGCCUCUUUGGCAUCUAUCGCUGUCCACUCUGCUCCACCUGGUGGACAAGAUGAAAACAUCUUCUCUCGGUGGAUGCUGUCUGUCCUGAUCACUCUGUGAGGAGGGUGGGGGGGGGGUGGUGAGGUAGCCCAUAUUCCCGCCCCCACCCUGGAGUUGAGGAAGCCAUAAGAUGCAGUUGCGGUCGCUGAAUCACGACUGUGCGCACUGUGCCCCGCCCCCCGUAAUCUGAUUCUGAUCACAAACUGAGGUUGAUCUCGAGCCGCGGCUGCAUUUCUAUGUUUUGUACGGUUUUUAUUGCUCUGCCACGGCGCCUCGCCCACCUCUCAGUGCCUUCUCGGCCUCUCUGCCCCCCGUUCUCCAACUGGCUGAUAAUCAGUCUUCUGUUGCCUGGUACUCAGUAGUAUCUUCCCUCUUUAAUCAUCGCAGCGCUUGUGAAAUGUUACGGAGUAUCGGGGCCGUCUAUUGCUCUGCCUGUCUGGCUACAGUCAUGAUGGUUGUUGGGUCAGGACCAGGGGGGGUCCUGUGUGUGGGAUUGUUUAGACCCACUUCUGACCUUGCCCUGCCCCUUCCUAGCAGUCCGUUUUGGCCUCUAUGCUUGUAGCUUUAAAGAUGAUCCCUUUGGUCUGUCAGCCAAUGGGGAGGCCCGUCUCUGUGCUGUUCCGCUGCAGCUUUCAGCAUUCAGGCCGCACGUCGUGAAUGGAUACAGCCGCCCAGAGUGGAACCCAUCACGGUGCCCGAACUCACCCCUGUGUGCAUUAGUCUGUAUACAAGAACGUCAUAACUUAACUGUGUGUGUGUGUGUGUGUGUGUGCACGAAAGUCUGUGGGUUCGAGAGUUGCCAUAAAGGAUUGUGAAAGCAGACGCUUUCGUGUCCACGCUAGCAUGUGUACCCUCUGGGGUCCGAGGUCAUGGACUAUGACCUUUGACCUGAUCCCUUGUAUUAUGACCUGGAGUUUGGGCAGGAGAGGCAGCCCUACCGGACAGAGGCCCUCGGCUCUGUCAUCUUAUUUAUAUACCUCUGCACUUUGGGCUGUUUGGUGACUCUAUCUGUACUUUAUCUGUAAUUGUAAUUAAUAUGAGCUAUUUUUAAGAAUUUUAUACAAUAUUUACAUGCAGAAUAGUAUUACUUUUUGCCAAUCUUUAAUUUUUUAUUUAAUUGUGUAUUUUUAUCUUCAUCAUACACGGAAAAGCAGCACUGAGGUGUGACGUGGCGUUCAAGGCCUGCUCUCCUGUUGCUCACAUUACGCUUAAUUCUCGUUUAACUCUCAUCACACUACGGAGCAGCUAGCUUGAGUUUGUGUGCGUCCGCUUACCUGGUUACCAUGGUAAAGGAACAGUUAAUCAGAGCAAUUAAUACUGUUGUAUGUGACCCCCCCCCAAUCCAGUGUUGUGUGUGUUUGUCCUUUACAUGUGCAAGUAUGCCCCCACUUGGGCGGAGGUGGAACAGUCUGUAUUCUGUGAAACACGGCUGCACAAACCUGCUGCCCUUUGGAUUUUAUUGUUGUUACUUUUUGUUUUAAUUAUUGUGCUUCUUGUGAUCAUUCCCAACAAUCCCUGUAACACAGGAGUCUGGGAUUGGGGGAAUAGGGCCUUUCAGUUUGAAAUAUAUUUUCUAUUAUAUUUAUAUAUAUAUAAGAGGAGAUGAAUGGAGGUGAGAGUAUAUACCGUGUGUAUUUAUGUAUGAUGGGGGCAGCGGUGACUCAGCUGCUCCUGGACCUCGUGGCACUGCCAGUGUUGUCCACACAAAGCCCACUGCUGUUGCCAGGAGGCUGUCUGCUGGGGGGGUGUGUGUGUGUGUGUGUGUGGUGGGGGGGGGGGCACGGGGUGUGAAAUGGGAGUUCAGUUUCUAUGAUUUUUUUUUUUGUAAAUGUGGGUGUCUUCACAGCAAGUGGAACAGCGAGUGCAGAAUUCUUUUUUGCCGUUGUGACUUUUGGUAUUAACUUGGCAUGCGACGCCACCGUGUGGCCAAACGAUGCAAGUUGUAACAAGAACCUUAAUUUUAUUUUAAUUUUAUUUUUUAAUCAUAUUAUUGUUUUUUAUUAUUAUUAUUAUUAAUAAUAAUAAUAAAGUCAUUGAGUACUU